AAUAUGCAUCUAAAAGGAGGGGCUUCUAGAAAAAUAAAAUAAAAUAAAAUUACCAUUCUAAAACCUCACAUAAACCACAAAAAGAUCGAGUUUGCAGAAGAUCCGAUCUCAGAUCGAUCCAAGAAAACAUGAGGAGGGCUAUUGGUAUCGCCGCCUUAUACCGCGCCGCGGGUGGCGUCUCCUCCAUGCCGGAGGUCGCUGGAAAUCACACUCACAACAACCUUCCCCGGAUCUUCCAUACGGCUCAAUUUAGCACCAAAAGCCUAAACUUCUCGUCGAGGACACUUAGUUUAUUGUCUAACAAGCUCGCCGACCAGUCAGCUGGCGCGCUGGCUCGCGCAAUUGCAGGGACCAUGUUAUUCUCAUUUGCGGCUACGACCCUGGCGGAAGAGGUCCAUGCUAAGGAACCCGUGCUUGCGAAAUUCCGUCCUGCCGAGGUUGUUCUCUAUCAAUAUGAAGCUUGCCCAUUCUGUAACAAGGUUAAAGCGGUCUUGGAUUAUUACGAUAUUCCCUACAAAGUUGUGGAGGUUAACCCCAUCAGCAAAAAGGAAAUCAAAUGGUCUGAUUACAAGAAAGUACCUAUAUUGAUGGUUGAUGGUGAACAAAUGGUGGAUUCUUCAGUUAUAAUCGAUAAAUUGACCCAAAAAAUACAUCCUGGUGUUUCUGCUGAUUCUGUCACAGAAGAUGAUGAAGAGAAGAAGUGGCGUGGGUGGGUGGACAACCAUUUGGUACACAUGUUGUCACCCAAUAUAUAUCGGAGUAGUUCUGAGGCCCUUGAGUCAUUCGACUAUAUCACCAGUCAUGGUACGUUUUAAUGUCAUUACGAUAGC